AUGGCCAAACGAGCAAAUAGGGGCCGUGGGGGGAAGAAGGUAUCAAAAUUGUUGUUGAAAGAGGCUUCAGCAAAUUUGGAGGUUGCUUUGCGAUCUUUGGAUUGUAAGGCUGAUCAGAGUGAGGAGAAAGAGAUUUGUGAGGAUGUGGAUGCUUUGAAGCUUGAUGUUCAGAGCUUGCCUGUUGAAAGCAAUUCGGUUCUGCGAGUGGAUGCUAUGGAGGUUUCUUCUGGGUAUCUUGAGGAUGAAUUUGUGAGCAAAUCUGGUGCUGUUGAGUCUCCAUUUAAGGUUGCUCAGAAGAGUGAAGCACAGGAUUGGAGGCAACUGUUUCGUAAGGAAAAAUCCAUAAGAACAUUGCAGUAUUUCGCUCCUUCUCAUGAAGGUGGAAGAGUUGUAGUGAAGCCUCCAAAGGAAGCGAUUGAGGAAGGUAUUUCAAAAUGGGCCUCUUCUCUGGUUGAAGUUUUCUUGUUGGAGAAUGGAUUAUAUUUGUUUAAAUUUGCUGAUGAGAAGACACGAGAUGAGGUGAUGGAGGCAAGAGUCUGGCAUAUGGCUAAUAAACCUUUGAUCUUGCGCAAAUGGACCCCUGGUAUGCAACUUUUAAAUAUUUCUCUAUCUUCUGUUCCUGUUUGGAUUAAAUUGCAUAAUCUGCCUAUUGAGUUUUGGAAUGCUACUUGUUUGAGUUAUGUGGCUAGUGGUGUUGGUAAGCCUAUAUGUGCUGAUUCUGUUACUGAGGAACAGUUGAGGCUUGGUUUUGCUAGAGUUUUGGUUGAAGUAGAUAUGAAUUAUGUUUUUCCUAAAGAGAUUGAAAUUGUUGGUGUUGAUGGGGGUCGGGUGGUAGUUGGCAUUGAAUAUCCAUGGCUUCUUGUUAAAUGUAAGAAAUGUAAGUUGUUUGGUCAUCUUUCUCAUACUUGUACAAAGGUUGAGAAACAAGUUUGGCUUCCAAAAAAUACUGAGCCUGUUCAAAACUUGAAUGCUGGUUUUGUGGUGGAGAAGGCUGCUGAGUUGAAUAAUGGUGGUCCUAAUAUAAGGGCUGAACCUAAAUGGAAUGUGGUUAGAGCUAAAAAAACUCUUGUUUCCAAGUCUACUGUGAAGGAUAACCAAAGUAAUUGGACUAAUUCAUUCCAUCUUCUGGCUAGAGCUGAUGGUAAUCUUAAAUCAGGGGUGAGAGGUUCAGAUACUUUUUCUUCUCUUCAAAAUGUUAUUGAGUCUGCUAUGGUUGAGGAGAGUGCAAAAAUAAAAGGGAAGGGUAAAAUGGGUGAAGAGGAGGAGGGUUUGAAUCAUCCCUCUCAGCAGAAGGAGGUUGUGAGUAUGAUUAAAAGACAUAAGGUUAGUCUUAUUUGUUUGAUUGAGACUAGAGUGAAGGAAAAUAAGGCUGAUAAGGUGAAGGCUUGUAUUGUUCCAGAUUGGGACUAUGUUUUUAACUAUGAUAAGCACUAUUUGGGAAGAAUUUGGAUUUGUUGGAACAAUUCGGAUUUUGAAGUGAUUGUUCUGGAUAAAGGUGAGCAAAGUAUUAAUUGUUUUGUUAAGUCUCUUAAUAGUUGGUUUCAUUCUUUUGUCUAUGGGGCUAAUCAGGGGGUGGAUAGAAGGCUUCUUUGGUCUGAUUUAUGUUCUAUGAAGGGAAAAGUAGGUAAUAAUCCUUGGAUGAUUUGUGGGGAUUUUAAUGUAGUUUUUUCCUUGGCUGAAAAAUGGGGUUCUAAUAAGCUUUCUUCUUAUGAAAUUGAAUUUGGUCAAUGUGUGAAUGAUCUUGAAGUUCUGGAUCUUAAUUUUAGUGGGUGUUUUUACACUUGGACUAAUAAAAGUGAGGAGCCAUGGUUUGUAGCCAGAAAAUUGGAUAGAGUUUUGGCUAAUGUGAAUUGGAUGAGUUCUUUUGGAAGUACUGUUGUGGAAUUCCUUUCUGGGGGAAUUUCUGAUCAUUCCCCUGCUAUUAUUUCAGCAGGUUCUUUACAAAGUUUUGGCCAUAAACCCUUUAAGUUCUAUAACUUUUGGUUGGAGCAUGAAGGGUUCUUGGAUUGGGUUAAGGAGGGUUGGAGCAUUCAGCCUGAGGGCUUCCCUAUGUAUCAGUUGUAUGUGAAACGUCGGUCUGUGAAAGCUAUUUUAAAGGAGAAAAAUAUGGUUUGUUUUGGGAAUUUGAAGCAAAGGGUUAUUCAAGCUCGUGAGAAUCUGACUUUAGCUCAGAAUGGUGUUCUUGCUUCUUUUGGUAGUGCUAAUAGUCUUCUUAAAGAGAGGGAAUGUCUUCAUGCUUAUGUUUCCAUUACUAGAGCUGAGGAAUCCUUUUUGAAGCAGAAGGUUCAAAAUGCUAAGAAAACUAUUAACUAUUUGUGGGAUGAGCAUGGCACUAAAGUAGAUGAUGUUGAUCAGAUCAAGAAGGUGGCUGAGGAUUUUUACAAGAAUCUGUUAGCCAUUCUGGAGAAGGAGGUUAUUGCAGAAGAAAUUAGAGACACCUUAUUUCAUAUGAAAGCAAACAAGGCCCCUGGUCCUUAUGGGUUUUCUGCAGAUUUUUUUAAAUCUACUUGGUCUAUUGUGGGACAGGAGGUAGUGGCUGCCAUUAAAGGUAAAAAGGGGCUAAGGCAGGGUGAUCCUCUAUAUCCUUACUUGUUUGUUCUUGCUAUGGAGGUUUUUUCUAGGAUUAUGGCUGACCACACUAGUGAAGCUAGUUUGAGCUCUAUAAAAGUUAUCAAGGCUGCUCUGCUUGAGUUUGAAAAUUUGUCUGGUUUGAAAGCUAACCCUGCAAAAAGUUCAUUUUAUUGUUCUGGAAUUUCAGAUAGAUUGAAGUAUGUUCUUUUGGAUGAUUUAAGGAUGAAAAAAGGUCAUCUCCCUAUGAGGCAGGCUCCAGUUGUUAUCUUCUGUUCACUACUACAAGUGUAUUGGAUGGGUAUCUUCAUUCUUCCCAAAAAGAUUAUUAGAGCUAUUGAACAGAAAUUCAAUAGGUUUCUUUGGAAUGGGAAAGAGGAAGGUGUAGCUAAGGCUAAGGUUGCUUGGUCUGAUCUUUGUUUUCCUAAGAAGGAGGGAGGUUUGGGGUUGAAGAGACUUGAAGUUUGGAAUCAAACAUCUAUGCUUAGGCAUAUUUGGAGCAUUUUUGCUAGAUCUGGUUCCAUUUGGGUUGCAUGGCUGAGAGAUAUUGCCAAAAGAUUCUUAAAGUUUGAGGCUGGGAAUGGGGAUAAUAUUCAUAUGUGGCUGGAUUUGUGGCAUCCUGUAGGGAUAUUAAUUGAGCAAUAUGGCUUUAGGGCUGUUUAUGAUGCUCAAAGUAAUAUUGAAGCUAAACUGUCUUCUGUCAUCUGCAAUGGAGAUUGGUUUUGGAAACCUGUGAGAUCAGAAGCUUUAGUUGACAUUGAAGCUAGGCUUUCUAAAGUUUGCUUGGGCCAGUGUGAUAAACCUAUUUGGCUUGGUUCUAAGAAGGGUGUCUAUGUUAGUGCAGAAACUUGGGAAGCUCUUAGAGAGAAGAAUGCAAAGGUGAAAGGUUACUUAAAUGGGGUUAUAAGGGUGAUAGUCAAUGCUGUUUUUGUCAUAGUCAAAUUGAAACUCGUGAUCACAUCUUCUUUGAAUGCAGUUUUAGUUCUAGAAUAUGAAAAUAUUGCAUGGUUCGUUGCAGGGUGGAUAGGCCUCUUAUUAUCUGGGAUCAUCUUGUGCAGUUAG